CCAGGUUCUAAAUACCAGGUCUUGAGCACUGUGCAGACAGCCGGAUCGCCUGGCUGCACGGCUUUGCUUUAGGAUUUCUGCUGGCUGCAGCCUGCAUUGGAAGGACCCUGGAGGACCCCCCAAGCCACGCAAUGGAGGCAGUGUCCUUUGAGGAUGUGGCCGUGGACUUCACCAUGGAGGAGUGGGCUUUGCUGGAUCCUUCCCAGAAGAAGCUCUACAAAGACGUGAUGUGGGAAAACUUUAGGAAUGUGGCUGCUAUAGGAAGGAACUGGGAUGACCAACAGAUGGAAGGUGAAUACAAAAUUUGCAGUGAAACUCUAAGAAGUGAAGAGGUGGAGAAAUGCUAUAAAUACAAAUUACGGUAUCAACAUGGAGAAGUGGUCUUUCUUACUCCAGUUAUUAAUAUGAACAUGAAACUAAUUGAUACAGAACCAACUGAAAGCUUUGCCUGUAGAAAGCUCCUGAUUAGACAUUCAUCACCAACUGUUCCCAUCUUAGCUACCACUGAACUCAAAUCAUGUGAAUAUCAGGGAUUUGAAGAGAAGCUGUCUAACUGCAACAAUCGUGGGAAAAUUUACAUGGACAGUCAGUCCCUUCAGAAGCAUGCAAAGACAAAUCCAGGAGAAAAACCAUAUGAAUACAAACAAUGUGGAAAAUUCUCCUGGGAUUGCACUGAAGGAACUAACACUAAAGAGAAAACUUUUGUGUAUAAGGGGGAUGUAAUAGCCCUCAGUACAGCCAGCUAUGUUCAAAUCUGUGAAAGAAAUCAUAGUAGAGUGAAUACAUACAUAGAUGUACAAUGUGGAGACAAUUUUAACUCUCAACAUGAUAUUCAGAUACAUAAAAGAGCUUCUACUAGAGAAAAACCUUAUGUAUGUAAACACUGUGGGAAAUCCUUCACUCAUAAUACUUCAUUUGAUAGUCAUGAAAAAACUCACAAUGAGAAGCUUUAUGUAUGUAAGCACUGUGGGGAAACUCUCAGCACACAGAGUUAUUGUCAAACACAUGAAAGAGCUCACACUGCAGAGAAAUCCUAUGUAUGUAAACAAUGUGGAAAUGCUUUCAGCACACACACUGAUUGUAGAAUCCAUGAAAGAAUGUGCAGAGGGGAAAAACACUACACAUGUAAGCAAUGUGGCAAAGCUUUUAGGAGACAUGACACUCAUUGUAGAGUACAUGAACGAACUCACACUGGGGAGAAACCCUAUGUAUGUAAGCAAUGUGGGAAAGCUUUCAGCAGACAUAAUAAUUGUCGUGAACAUGAACGAACUCACACUGGGGAGAAACCCUUUUUAUGUAAGCAAUGUGGCAAAGGUUUCAGAACACACACUCUUUGUAGAGAACACGAAAGAAUGCACACUGGGGAAAAACCCUAUGUAUGUAAGCAAUGUGGCAAAGCUUUCAGCACACACAGUUAUUGUCAAACACAUGAAAGGGCUCACACUGGGGAAAAACCCUUUUUAUGUAAGCAAUGUGGGAAAGCUUUCAGCACACGUCGUAUUUGUCGUAGACAUGAACAAACCCACACUGGGGAGAAACCAUAUUCAUGUAAACAGUGUGGGAAAUCUUUUCGAACUCACACUCUUUGUCAAAUACAUGAACGAACUCACACAGGGAUGAAACCCUAUGUAUGUGAGCAAUGUGGUAAAGCUUUCAGUACACACGGUAGUUGUCAAGUACAUAAAAGAACUCACACUGGGCAGAAACCAUAUGUAUGUAAGCAGUGUGGGAAAGCUUUCAGCAGAAAUAGUUCUUAUCGAAAACAUGAAAAGACUCACACUGGAGAGAAACCAUAUGUAUGUAAGCAAUGCGGAAAAGCUUUUGGCACACGGGGUAGUUGUCAAGAACAUGAAAAAACUCACACUGGGGAGAAACCAUAUGUAUGUAACCAAUGUGGGAAAGCCUUCAGCACACGUGGUAGUUGUAGAGUACAUGAAAGAACUCACACUGGGGAGAAACCAUAUGUAUGUAAGCAAUGUGGCAAAGCAUUCAGCGCCCCAAGUGCAUGCCGGAAACAUGAAAGGACUCAUACUGGGGAGCGACCCCAUGUGUGUAAGGAAUGUGGGAAAACUUUCAGUACAUACAGUCAUUGUCAAAUACAUGAACGAACUCACACUGGGGAGAAACCCUACACAUGUAAGCAAUGUGGGAAAGCUUUUAGCACACAUAGUUAUUGUCAAAAACAUGAAAGAAAUCACACUGGGGUGAGACCCUUCACAUGUAAGCACUGUGGGAAAGCUUUUACCACACACAGUUAUUUUCAAAAACAUGAAAGGAAUCACACUAGGUGAAACCUUUUUAUAUAUGCACUAUAGGAAAACAUUCAGCACACGAUAGCUGUCAAGUACAUGAAAGAACUCACACUGGAGUGAAACCAUACAUAUGUUAGCAGUGUGGGAAAGCAUUCAGUGCACAUGAUAGUUGUCAAGUGCAUAAAAGAACUCACCCUGGGGAGAAACCCUAUGUAUUUAAGCAAUGUGGGAGAGCUUUCAGCACACACAGUUAUUGUCAAAUAUGUGAACAAAAUCCCACUACCAAGAAAGUAAGCAAUGUGGAAAAGGUUUCAGCACAAACAGUUGUUAAAAACAUGGAAGAACCCACACUGAAGAGAAGAACUUUCUUGGUAAGCUGUAUCAAAAUCUUGCAGUACACACAGGUAUCAUAUAUAUGAAAGAAUUCAUAGUGAAAAUAAGAACACUUUUGAUCAAUGUGGGAAAUUUUUUAAUUUUUCUCAGUGCAUUAAAAUAUAGAAUUCACAUGAGAGGGAAGGCAUGUGCACUUAAUAAAAGUGGAAACCCUUUAGUUUUUGCACUUACCUUGAAAUUCAUUGAAGAAUCCCCUCUAAAGAGACAGCCUAUGUAAAUAAUGUAAGAAAGCAUUGUCUGUUGCCAAUAAUUUUAGAAAAACUGCACAGGUUUACACAUACAAUAAAUAUGGAAUGUGAGAAGUA